UCCAUGUCCUGCUAUGCCGGUCGAAGGUCUGCGUGCGCUUGUGGUUGUAGAGGACAUGAGCCGCACAGGUGUGCCUCUAUUUUAGAAAAAUGCACUUAGUUUGCUCCAAAGUACAACAAGCCUAGGCUUUCUCAUCAGUGUCAUCAUUACAUUGAUGCUAGUCGUCCAGCUCCCUACGAAUCGUGCAUUAUGGCAGCCAAGGACCUCGAGCUUUUAUACGAUAUCUAUUUCGUCGGGCUACCUGGCCAUAAUACUAUGCAGUUCAAUGAUGAGGCUGAGAAAGAUACAGAGCACAAGCCCCUUCUCCGAUCACUAACUAGUCUCGUUCCAGAGGCCCGCGUCUUCGAGUUCACGCUCUUCGAGGCUGGACCGACGUCAAACAAGAAUGCUCUCUCGGCCAACGGCUUCUCGAACGAGGCAUACCGUCUCUUAGAUGCCAUACGGGAGAAAACGCUGAGUUGGAACAAGUGGGGGACCGUCCUGUUGGUUGGUUAUGGUCUUGGUGGGAUUAUCAUCAAGCAGGCACUGAUUUUGGCGAACUCUAAUCCUCGAUAUUACGAUGUUGCCGUGAGCACUUCAGAUAUUUCUGGUACCCGGCACUUGUCAAGGACCUAAUAGAGUCUCAAGGUGACUCUGACUGACUAGAUUCGUAGUGUAACGACACGCUGUCAGGGGACUCACUCAUUAAGAAUUUUGCUCUCACAACAGACGAUGCCGUGGUAAAUCUUGCCAUCGAUGACAGGGAA